AUGAAUUCAGACCUAUUAUAGACUGAAGGAUAUUUGAAGAUUUAUAACUUCACAAUCCAUCAUUGUAUAAAUAGUAUAAUUAAUUAGAUCAAUAUAUUGAAGAAAAGAUGGAGAGAGAAGAUGUUAAUAUUGAUGAAAAAUGCUAAAUUAUCUUUGUUCACAAUUUAAUUAAUUAAUUGAAAAUUAUUAAGGAAAAUUUAUCACUAUGGAAUUCCUUAUGA